AUGGUAAUAUCGUUACCGCAACAAGCGCAAUCCUUUGUAACUACCUCAACCUCGAGCUCCUCUCUAGGCUAUGGGUUUGCAGUGGAUGCGCGAGGCUCUGCAAAAAUGCUCAUCUCUGGAAUUGAUUAUGUGUCAGAUUCUGAAAAAGAAACCCCAAAUAGCCAGGAGGCAGAUACCGAUUGUUAUGUUGGCGUGGGUAAUGCCCAAGAAUUGGAACUAGUCAAAUUCGAUUCUCUCAAUAUCUGUCUUGAUAUUGCCAUUUUGAACUUGCCAGAUCAACCAGCAGUUGCUGGACUUCCUGAUGCCAUUGUUACGGCCAUGGCGGGACAACAACCCAUGAUUGUAUCUCUGAACUAUGGAACCGAAUUUUCCGACUCGACCAUGGUCGAUUCGGCAUUAUUGCCCACUCGAUACUUUCCAGCCGUGAUGACUACCGACACUCAGAUGGGAGGAGUCUACGUGGCGCUGCAUCCUACUCAUGGAACGUCCAUCGCACCAGCUACUCCACAACCCGACGGUUCUACUGAUCAAGCCGAAGAAAUGCGAAGCACUUGGUUCUUUUUAGAACAAAUGACCAGACCAGCACCCAUCUUUGUACAACCCACGGAUGGCGAUCAUUCGCCCAAGAUUGUCAAGUACAACAUGUUGACAGAAGACAUGGAAUGGAUCCAUACCUUGGAAACCCAAGAGGGCAAAUCGUUGGUGGCUGGCAUGGCCGUCUCCCAAGCUCGCAACUUUUUGGUCAUUGUGGGCUCAGCGACUGGAACGGGUCCAGGAGUCGGUGCUGGAUCAGUAUCGGAUGGCGACUGGGAUGGCUUUUUGACGGUCCUGGACAUGAACAUGGGGGACUUGAAUACGGGCAAUUGGAACCUGACAUACAAUGCACUGCAUUCCACCCGCAUCCGAACCCAAAAGAAUAUUGACGAUGUCGUGCUGGAUGUGUGUGUCUCGGGCGACAAGGCUUAUGUAGUGGGUUCCACACAGGGUCGGUUCGAAGGGGAAAUCAAUGGCGGAGCCUUUAUUCUCAAGUACGACAUUGACCCUCUACGGUUGCUGUGGGUCCAUCAAAUUGCCGGCAAGAGUGUAGGAGCAACGCACUGUGCCAUUGACGGCGAAACACUUUAUGUGGGAGGAAGUGCCCCACCAGGUAUCGAAUUGGACGAGCGGAAAGUUCCAAAGAACGAGGCCGUCGAUACGACCCACGAUAUUUUUGUGGCAAAGUUCAAUGCGGAAACUGGCGUCAGGGAAUUUCUGCGACAAAUCGAUUCGCAUCGGGACGAUGAACUCAUUGGAAUGACAAUCACACCUUCCAAUCAAAAUCUUCUACUUUCAGCGAAUGCCAGAGAUUUUGCUACUGGCGAAACUAUAAUAUUCACCAUGGACAUGGACAGCGAGGGGAAUUACGAUUGGGAGAAGUUGGCACCUAAUAUUGAUCCAAUUACUGGAGCCAGUAUUGCAAGUUCGGCUUCGGACUCCAAUGAAGAGGAUAAUUCCGAUGAUUGGCUCGUUGCUGUUGCGAUCGCUGUACCCGUUAUCAUUCUUUUGGCUAUCACCUGUUACUAUUUCGCUUGCUUGAGUGCGGCACAAGUACCUUUGGAUUAUCCGGACAAUCCAACUCACGGGAAUGCCGCACAAGAUACCGAGCUGCAGAUUGUCGGGGAGAGCGCGACUGUCGUAUAA